AUGGAACUACUACCUCAAGGAAAGAAAAACAACACACAAGUUACUUUCGAUGAUCAACAAUUAAUUAAUGAAUUUUCUAAACUAAUAAUGAGAAAGGAUACAUUAGAACAAGAAUUGGCCAAGCAAAGACAAGAGAAGGAAUAUUUAGAUGAUGUUUCUCUAGAAAUAGAAUUGAUUGAUGAAGAAGAAUUGGUUCAAUAUAAAGUUGGUGAUAUAUUCCUUUUUUUGAAACAGGAAAAAGUUGUCGAACAACUGGAAAAGGACGUUCAAAUAAUUGAUGAUAAGAUAGAGAGUCUAGAGACUCAAGAGGUAGAUUUGGAUACAAGAAUUUCUGAAUUGAAAACAAGCCUCUAUGCAAAAUUUGGCGAUAAUAUUAAUUUGGAACGUUGA